AUAUUAACUAAAACAAUGAGAUUAACAUUAAUUAAAAAAACUGUAUUGUUUAAAUUUAAAGUUUAGAUAAGAACAAACACCUGAAUGAAUAUAAUGGAAGCAUAAUCGGUCAUGUAUUCAUUAAAAAUCUGUCGUCACAAUGAAAGAAAAACAUAGCACGGCCAAAAAUAUCUACGUAGUUCCCAUAGAUGACGAAACUAAAGCAAAAGCUACAGAACCGGCUGAUUUUGAAACGGCAAUUUCGGCCACUGGCUUCGGAUACUACAAUUUAUUUCUGAUCCUUAUCUCAAUUCCUGCAGGAUGGUCUUCUAUCUUUGAAACGACCACAAUGUCGUAUGUAUUUGCAGCCGCACAGUGUGACCUUGACUUGAGUUUAGAUGAUAAAGGAAUGUUAAACGCAAUUACUUACUUAGGAAUGAUUUCGAGUGCCUUGGUUUGGGGAUUUCUUUAUGACACUUUAGGGAGGAAAAGACUGUUGAUGGUUGGCUUCUUCCUAGACACUGUUUUUGUCUUCAUCAGCGGUUUCUCCCAAAGCAAAACAAUUCUAAUGAUUUGUAAAUUUUUUGGCGGCUUUAUAAUAAACGGCCCGUUUGCUGCUCUAACAGCCUAUAUUUCUGAGUUCCAUUGUUCCAAAUAUAGAGCAAGAAUGCAGCUAGUACUUGGAACUAUUUUUAGUUGUGGGAGCGUUACUUUACCUGUCUUGGCCUGGGCUGUCUUGCCCCAAAAUUACUACUUUUCACUUUUUAACAAAACACUUGAAUUUCAUUCCUGGAACAUUUAUCUUUUCAUUUGUGGCUUUCCCGCCCUGUUCAGUACCGUAAUAUUUAUUUUCAUGCCCGAAAGUCCGAAAUUUCUGAUGACGGUGGGCCAAAACGACAAGGCACUCAAAGUGUUUCAAAAAAUCUACAGUGUAAAUAGCAGGAAUCCACCUGAAACCUAUCCAAUUAGGCAACUAGUUGACGAAAUUGAAGUUAAGAAAAACAGUCAAAGUAAGCACACAACUCACGUGACAGCCAACAGGAACAAGAUACAAGCUCUCAGAGAAGGGUGGCAACAACUAAAACCCUUAUUUUUCCCGCCACAUUUAGCAAACAUUAUCCUUGUGUGUCUCCUCCAAACUUUAUUUACAAUGAGUUUGAACACUUUGCGGCUUUGGUUGCCGCAAAUUUUUCAAGCCAUCAAUGACUACAAGUAUUAUCACAACGAUUCUAGUGCCGAUCUUUGCAAAAUGCUGGACAUGAUCCAGCCAGCCAGUACUUUAGGCGAAUGCGUUGUUAACCUCAACAAUUCCUCAGUUUAUAUCAACACAAUAAUUAUUUCGUCUGUGAGUGCUAGUAGCUACAUCUUCGCCGGCUAUUUCAUCAACAUCCUCGGAAAGAAAAAACUGAUGAGUGUUUUAGGUGUUUUGGGAGGAUCGUGUGCUUUUUCAAUCUACUUUUCCACGAACACAGCAAUGACGGUGGCUUUUGCUUCAAUUUUUAUCGCAUCGUCAAGUGUGGCAACUAAUGUAGUUCUAGCCGUUUGCAUAGACUUGUUUCCGACUACUUUAAGAACAAUGACACUAUCGUUAUCAAUGAUGUUGGCUCGAAGUGGGGCAAUGAUUGGGAAUUUGGUCUUCCCCUUGUUACUCCAAACAGGAUGUGCUCCUCCGUUCUUCACAAUCGGUUCUCUAAUUUUUGUAUGUGCUUUCAUCGCAAUGCUGCUACCAAACACUGACCUAAAGGCCUUGGAGUAAU